AUGCACUCACGAACGAGAGAGAAAGAUAGUGAGGUACCACAACUAUGUCCAUCGUCAACGUCGAUUCUCAGUCCUCGCUUCCAGCUCAAAGGUUAUUAGGCAAAGUGGCACUGGUUACAGGGGGGGCUUCUGGAAUUGGAGAAAGCAUUGUGCGUCUAUUCCACCACCAUGGUGCCAAAGUUUGCAUUGUUGAUGUGCAAGAUAACCUCGGUUUGCGGGUUUCAGAAUCCCUUGGUGGUGACUCAAAUGUUUGCUUUUUCCAUUGUGAUGUUGCAGUAGAGGAUGAAGUUCGCUCUGCGGUGGACUUCACCGUGGACAAAUUUGGCACCCUCGACAUUAUGGUCAACAAUGCUGGAAUUUCUGGAUCGCCUUGUCCUGAUAUCCGUGAUGCAGAUUUGUCAGAAUUCGAGAAGGUAUUUAAUAUAAAUGUGAAAGGAGUAUUCCAUGGGAUGAAACAUGCGGCGCGAAUCAUGAUUCCAUUGAAGAAGGGAUCAAUCAUUUCCAUGUCCAGUGUAUCAAGUACCAUGGGGGGCUUGGGACCUCAUGCAUACACAGGGUCCAAGCAUGCUAUCUGGGGGCUAACAAAGAAUGUUGCAGCUGAACUGGGGAAACAUGGAAUAAGGGUGAAUUGUGUGGCACCAUAUGCUGUUUUCACUGCUUUGUCUUUAGCUCAUUUGCAUGAAGAUGAGAGAACCGAGGAUGCUAUAGUCGGUUUUCGUUCAUUUACUGGGAAAAACGCCAAUCUGCAAGGGGUAGAAUUGACUGUGAAUGACGUGGCUAAUGCCGUGCUCUUCCUUGCAAGUGAUGAUUCGAGGUAUGUAAGUGGUCAGAACCUCAUGGUUGAUGGAGGAUUUACUAAUGUUAACCAUUCCCUUGGAGUUUUUCGAUGAAGAGUGGAUUUUGCAUGUUAUUGUUGGCGUCUUAGAGCAGCUUCGGAUCUGGCUUUUCUAUCAAUAAAUAUGUUGAGUUGACAUAUCGUGUAUUUGAUAUGAUGUCCAUUAUUUGCAUUUUACUUAUCUUGUAUUUGAUAUGAUGUGCAUUAUCUGUAUUUUACUACCACUGAAUAUGAAUCUUAAGACUCAACUUGUGCUAGCCAAGAGGGGAUCCUUAUGGUAGCAGAGAAAGAUAAGUGACAGUUGAUGAGACAAAUAUGAUGGCCUAUGGUUUCAAAUAUAAAUUUUCUUGGAUCCAUUGUUUCUCA